UGGAACUGAAUAAUUGCGGAUACUCGACCAACACCUGCGAAGAUCAGUUUGAUGAUAUGAAAAGUUCAACGGAACAAAGUUGGAGCAGUGAACCAAGUGAUUUAUCAGUGCCCUUUUGGAUGUCUACAAGUGGUCGAACUUUUGAUGCCUAUGAGGCACAUUUAGAAACAUCAUCACUUUUGAACACUUUUGCUUUGGAUGUGCGGGACUUUUCUGGAUCUUCGCUAGUUUCUGAGAGGUCAGAUGUGCAAAAUACCAAACAUUUACUUGGCGUAACUCAGUUAAUAGGAUUAAGCCGCCUCAUGAAGUUCAUAAUGCACAAAUCUCGUCAGUGGAACAAAAAUGAUAAUAUGAGUGAAAAUCCACAUAGUAGUUCUUUCACUGAUUAUAUCUUUGCUCAAGCUCAACUAAAACAAAAAGCAAGAAGACGAGGUCAUUAUCCUAUAUUGCAAACCUUUUCUCAUUCAAGUUCACUGAAUGCAAGUUUAACAUGUAUUGCCGAGCCCAAAUAUACAGGUUCAAAUGGUCAAUGUACGCAGAAUCUAUUAGAAACUUUUACAUACACUCGAUGUAAGCGUCGUCACUAUAACAGUGAAAGUGGUUUAUUUCUACCCGAGGCUAACUUUACAGUUACCCAACAUCAAAAUGAAAAGAAAUCUGAAUGUGAAAGUGACAGCCGAUUAUCUAAAGAUAUUUUAUCAUCAGGAUAUCCAGAAGAAGUAAACUGUUCUAUGUUACCCACAGACAUCAAUACAAAUGAUACAAACAGUGAAGUGGCAGUUUCUCAGAAUGAAUGUCAAGAAAACUACCUAUUGUCUGGGGAACGUGAGAUUGAUGCACUAACAGUCAACGCAAUCGAAAAUUUUGCUCAGUGUCUUCCAGAAACUGUUAGUGAAGGAUCAACUUGUUCAGAUCAACUCCAAGAAAUGAAUUCAUUGCCUAAUCUCACGAAAUCAAAUGAUUCAACUGUGAAUCAGAUAACCUUACAUGAUGAACAUCAAGUAUUUACAAACAAUUUAUCAGACAAGUCAAUUGUUGCCACAUCUCAGUCAAAACUGGAUCUCAAAUUGAUUAAGUCUGUAUCAUUUGCUGAUGAAAUUGGCAAAUCCUUAACUGAAACGUUCAUCGUCUAUGAUGAAGGCUGUUAUGAUGAACCACCAGAAUGCGACGAAUUAUACGAAGAUUCAUAUUUUGGAUCAGAUAAACAACAAAAUGUUCAGAAUUCACAAAACAAACGUUCCAAAUUUGAAAUAUUUACGGUGAAACUUAUUUACAAUGUGAUCAAAAUACCAAACCCAGACAUUGAACCUCAUUAUACAUGGAGUCUUACAUUUACACAACCAGCAUCACAAUACUAUGAAUUUAGACAAAAACUUGAACAGAAUUCUGUCUCACUAGAAAGUAUCAGCAUUGCACAAUCGACUGAUAAACCAAGACCAACCUACAUUAAGCUUUCAGGUACUAUAAAAGUGAAAAAUAUUUUCUUCGAAAAAUCUGUACAUUUACGUCUAACCAAAGAUAAUUGGAAAACAUUUACUAAUUAUGAAGCAACUUACAGUGCUCAGUUAUCAUCUGGUACAUGGUCAGGUCCAAGACGUUAUGAUACAUUUAUAUUCAGUAUUAUGAUUGAACCAGAUAAGGAAUAUUUUGAUUUAAAAGAGAAAAUUGAAUUUGCCAUUUGCUUUUCUACUGUAAAUAACGACCAGAGAAUCGAAUAUUGGGAUAAUUAUGAUAACAAAAAUUAUAUUAUUGAACAGAGAAGAUUUCAUCCACUGUGGAUUAAUGCAACCUUGACAAAUAAUUCCAUAGAGCUUUCAUCUCCUUCUUCGGAUGCAUCUAUUUCACCAGUCAGUGAAACGCCUUUAGACAAUAACUUACUGAAUAUAACGGAUAGUAGUUGUGCUACAUGUUAUAAUACGUCUUCAUACACAUUGGAUUGUCGACCUAAUUUCGACAGUUUCACUUCAUUCACUGACUAUCGAGCAUGGAGUCAUUAUUCUGGCGAAACAAAUUACUAUUAA